GGUGGAGCCCCAUGGAAUACCACCCACUAGGGAAUAAUGUUACGUCAUACAGCCUUAACCAGGAAGUAGGAAAAACAAUCGGCGAGAAGAGUGACACCAUAGACUGUAGUUAGUCUGAAACGUUUUAAAAGGACAUUAUUUCCAUAUAGUUUAGAUCCCAGAAUGUCCGUGUUUGGGAAGCUGUUCGGCGGUGGGGGGAAAGGAGGGAAAGGGCCGAGUCCACAAGAUGCGAUUCAGAAACUCCGAGACACAGAGCAGAUGUUAGCGAAGAAACAGGACUUUCUAGAGAAAAAGAUUGACCAGGAACUCAUAACUGCAAAGAAAAACGGCACAAAAAACAAACGAGCGGCCCUGCAGGCCUUGAAAAGGAAGAAGCGGUACGAGAACCAGCUUACCCAGAUCGAUGGCACAUUGUCCACCAUCGAGUUCCAGAGGGAGGCGCUGGAAAAUGCUAAUACCAAUACUGAAGUGCUCAAAAACAUGGGCUUUGCCGCCAAGGCAAUGAAGGCUGCCCAUGAAAACAUGGACAUAGACAAAGUAGAUGACUUGAUGCAAGACAUCACUGAGCAGCAGGAGCUGGCGCAAGAAAUCUCAGAUGCCAUCUCAAAACCUGUAGGCUUUGGAGAGGAGUUUGAUGAGGAUGAACUCCUGGCAGAGUUGGAUGAGCUGGAACAAGAGGAAUUGGACAAAAACUUGCUGGAGAUCGGCGGGACAGAAGAUGCCCAUCUACCCAAUGUGCCUUCUACUUCAUUACCCUCCAGACCAGCCAAGGAGGAUGAAGACGAGGAUGAAAUGGAUAACUUACAGCGCUGGGCGAUGGAGGCCAUAUAGUUGCAUUACUGACACCACCUGCUGUAGAGGGAAAGAAAGGACUUAUUGAAAUUGGUUGUUUUGUGUCCGAGGAGAACCAACCACUUAAAACUAUCACUACAAAGGCCAAUGCUGUAGGUUCUGUUUCCCGCCCAAAACUAGAGAAAGGGUACCAUGGCCUUGCAUGAAAAGAUGAAGUAAAAAAAAAACUGUAUAAAAGCUAUAAACAGGAUGUUUGAAUCAAAAUUCUCAAUAAGUUUAGCAUAAUUAACACCCGCUCUUGCAUUUGGGCAGUUAUUGUAAUAUCACUUAACUGUUCUGUUGCCUUUGUCUGUGGGAUGUUAUGAACAUCACUGACAAAUUUACAUUUUAAUACAUGGGAGUUGCAAUGUCUAUUUUUCCGACUUAAACAUAUUUAUCGUGUGGCGUAGUGGGUGUGGUCUAGAUGUUUUUAUUAGUACUUACUGUUUGUUUAAUUUCUACCAAAAUAGGAAGAAAUAUGAGCAUGCGCUCAUGGUAACGUUUAGAAUGGUCUAUUUUCAGGAUUGUUAUUCUGAAACUUUUGUUUUACAUUUUGACUAUUCCAACUCCAAAGCAUCCUCACCAUGUGACACUUGUGAUUUGAAGGAAAUAUCUAAAUCGUUUAUAUUGUUGCUGGCACAGGUUUUCUUCAUGUGCUAAGCAUGCAAUGAGGCAAAUCUUAAUACACCACACAGCUUUAGAGAAAGAAACUCCACCCUGUUCUGUUGUCUCUUUUCUGAAAAAGUUUAUUUUAUGUUGAAAAAGUCUACAUAUUAACUGCAGCAAAAAAUAAGAUAAUGCUUUGUAAUGAAUAGAUUAGAAGGUAGAUAUAGUAUCAACAUUUUGGAUUUGAGGAUUAGUUAAUUUUUUAAGCAAUGUAUUAAAACAAAAAUACAUAGGAAAAAGACAACAAGGAUAAGCAUGUUUGCAUUCCUAUGGUUUAUUUAUCCAGAUGAGAACAUUAUUUGGAAAAUCAUUAAAGUUUUGGAUUAUUUUA